GCUGCGUCGUCAGGCUCCAUUCGGCUCACUUUAAAGCUUCUAGUUGCCGGCCUCACGGGUCUCUCUUUAAAAUCCUCACCCUUAUCCCUUCAAAUCUUCGACCACUUAAACAAUCAAGCAGAUAGAGCUACCUAGAAAUGGCUUUCGAUCUCACCCCCAAGGACAAGAGAAGAAGCUUGGAUCAAAAAGUGCUUUUAUGCUGCAAAUACUACGUUUCUGAAUCGCGCAAUCGUUCUGUACUGGAGGCGAUCGAGAGAGCUGCAAGAGAAGACCCAGAUUCGGUUAUCGUCAACAAAUUCGAAGACGGAGCUUACAACAGGACAAGGUACACCAUCGUCUCCUACGUCGUUCACGACACUACAGGCAACGCCAUUUACAGCCCGUUGCUUCAAACCGUGCUGGCCAUGACUCAGGUUGCUUUCUCUAGCAUCAAUCUCGAGUCUCAUUCCGGUACCCACCCUCGCCUAGGAGUCGUAGACGACAUCGUUUUUCAUCCCCUCGCUCGAGCCUCCCUCCAUGAAGCUGCGUGGCUAGCUAAGACCGUCGCUAAGGACAUUGCGGCCAUGUUUCAAGUGCCUGUAUUUCUGUACUCUGCGGCUCACCCAAGUGGCAAAGCGCCGGACGAUUUGAGGCGGGAGCUUGGGUAUUUCCGGCCCAAUUACAAGGGGAAUCAGUGGGCUGGGUGGUCCAUGCCGGAAACUUUGCCGGAGAACCCUGAUGAAGGGCCAAAUACGGUAUCUCGAGAGCGAGGAAUCACGAUGAUCGGUGCGCGUCCGUGGACGGCGAUGUACAAUAUUCCGAUAUUGUCGACCGAUGUGUCGGCCACUCGGAGAAUAGCAAGGAUGGUGAGUGGUAGAGGAGGUGGGUUGCCGACGGUGCAAACCAUAGGGCUUCUCCACGAUGAUGAUACGACGGAGAUAGCUUGCGUUCUGUUGGAGCCUAAUCAGAUUGGAGCAGAUCGAGUCCAGAGACAUGUGGAGAUUGUUGCUGCUCAAUUCGGGUUGGAAGUUGAGAAUGGCUAUUUCACUGAUUACUCACCGGAGAUGAUCGUUGAAAAAUAUUUGAAUUUGAUUUCUGGUGCCAAAAAUCAACUGGGAAAUCGUUUGGACCAACAAUGAUUUCUGUAUUGAGAUUCAGAUUUCGUAAUAAAACGGAAAUCGAAUUUCAUCAUUUCUAAAUUGCAUAAUAAUAAUAAUAAUAAUAAUAAUAA